GACCUUUUCCAUAAGGUUCCGUGGUGUGCGGAUCGGCGGGCAAGUUGGCGAUGAGGAUGUAGCGUUAUAGGGGACGGAGUGACCUCAAUGUCGCGCUGGAGUAAGAGGAGGGCGGGUCGGACUGCUCUGCUCCUCCCGCUGCUGCUCCUGGCACUGGCGCUAGGGGGCGCCGCUCUCCUCCUGGCGACCCUGAACCUGAUACUGACGACUACCACCUGGGGCCAGAGCCUGUGCCAAGGACGGGCUCAGCAGCAGCAGCAGCAGCAGGUAAGAACAUUCGACUAUGAAACACAGAUCUUCUUCCAGAAUGUGUGGGAGAAGCACCAGUUCCUGUUCGAGAAGCUGAGAGAGGAGCGGAGCCGCCAGCGGCGAUCAGCAAACAGGAGGAACAGAAACAAUAAAAAUAAAUCCCCCGUCCUGGCUGCACACUACGAAGCCCCCAUGGAUCACCUGUCCGGCUGUCUUUAUGUUCGGCCCACAACCACCAUUGUUUUCUGUGUUGCAGAUAGCGAAGGUAAUGUCCUCUUCUGGUCCGAGGUCCAGCGAAAUUCCACCAGCCCGCUGAGAUACGACGAGAGAAAUGGGGAGUUUAAAGUCAUUCAUAAAGGACUAUAUUACCUAUAUUGCCAGGUCCAUUUCAACGAGGAUCGCAGCAGCUACAUCAAGCUGGACCUGAUCCUAGACAACAACCUGAUCUUCCGCUGCCUGCAAGAAUUCUCCGCCACGGUGGCCAGCAUCGGCGACCCCAAAAGGAAGACCUGCAGCGUCUCCGGGCUCGUCAUAGUCUCCCCCGGCUCCCUCCUCCGCAUCCGCACCCUCCCGAGAGCCGUGGUCAAAGUCGAGCCCUACCUCACCUACUUUGGACUUUUUCAAGUGCACUGAGACUUAAAGAGAAGAAAAAAAAAAAAAAAACCCAAAAAACAUUUCGUUUUUGGAAGUUGACUAACCCGAAUCUGCACUUCAAGUACCAAAGGUCAUUUCAAAAGCCGAAUCUUAUUCUUCAGGACCCAGAACGCACUGCCAAUAGAAGACGGUAAAAGACUCGAUGCGCCGCGGUGAUAACGGCUAGAGUAUCACGGACAUCAUGGAUGUGUUAACAGGGAGAGAGAGAGCACAACAGGCAAAGCUCUAUGUAUUGCCGAUCCAAGACAAACAUUUCGCAGAACCGGGGAAGUUGCUGAAGAAUGAAAAAAGAAGCCAAAAUCAACAACGGAUCAUUUUUCCACUG